AUGGGACCAGUCAGAGUAGCGUCAAAAAAGAAUGGUCCAAUUAAUCCUUUUGAUGAGAAGCCACACCACACUGUAACUCCUGGUAAAUUAACAUGGUGGGCCACCAUAACAUACGGAUUCUCAGGUUCCCAGUUUUUUGUAGCUCCUGGAGCCUUGCAUGCGUGGAGGGCUAACUACCUGCAGUCUACGUCCCCCGAUGCUGACACAACCCGAUCGACGACAGUUCCACCCACAACAGAAUUUUCGAUCGAGUCGGUGGUCAUACCAGAAGCGGGCCUCAGAAUCUGGCAUAUUGCGGCAUUAGCCAUUCUGUUAAUCUUGAUCGUCAUCGUCAUAACUUGUUGUUGUAUCGAUAUUCGGAUCCCAAGGACCGUCCAGCAAAUUGAGAAGACUGAUCGAAAGCUGAAACUUAACAAGCAAUACAUUAAGGAACUCAGUAGAGCAGCGUCAUCCUCUACACCAGCGCCUCCUGGACGUGUGACAAGCAACAGGAGGGAAACACAGAGAUGAACCACAGGAAAAUGGGG